AUGGCUCCUAAGCAAGUUAUUGUUUCCUCCGGUCGUCCCCAGAAGGGCUUCCUCAGCGCAGCGUACGAUGAAAUCACGCACCCCGAGAACGCCACCAUUGUGAGAAGUCUUUUGGUCUUCGGCGCCGGUGUUGCUUUCCUCCACAGCAGUCUCAGCGAGCUCCUCCUCCCUCCGUAA